UACUCGGUAAAAGAAAAAGAAAAAAACAUGUGAAAGUGACAGUAAGCUUUGAUGUUAACAGGUUAAAGAUAUAAGCCUAAGCUAAGUGGAGACGCUGUUGCCAUUUCUGCUCAUUGAGUGAAAGUUCCAUUGGGCGUGGUUUAAUGGAAGGGAUGAAGCAGCUUGCGUACAACACUGCGGUGAAGCUCAUUCUGGCUGCACUCGAACACAACUUGCUCCCUGACUUUGUCACCAGGAGAUAUGGUCGCUUCAUGGCGGCUAACAUCCUUCGCUCUGGCUACAAAUCAUCCUCCGAACUUCAACUCUCCGAUCUCCUUCACUUUGCGCAUUCUCUACAACAGAUGCCCAUAGCAAUCGACACUGAUGAGACAAAUUCUCAACUUUAUGAGUUGCCUACCGCUUUCUUCAAGUUGGUGCUCGGAAACAAACUCAAUUUCAGCUGUUGCUAUUUCCCUUCUGCCUCUAUGACACUGGAUGAUGCUGAAGAAGCAAUGUUGAAACUGUGCUGCGAGAGAUCAAAUUUGAAAGAUGGUCAUACAGUACUUGAUUUGGGAUGCGGUUGGGGAUCACUGGUUUUGUACAUUGCCAAGAAGUACACUAACUGCAGGGUUACAGGAAUCAGCUAUUCGACAACUCAAAAGACUUAUAUUGAGGAGAAGUGCCGGGAUCUUCAGCUGCAAAAUUUGAAUAUUAUAGUUGCUGAUAUUGGCACAUUUGAAAUGGAGGCUUCUUACGACAGAAUAUUUUCCAUAGAAAUGUUUGAGCAUAUGAAGAACUAUAAAGAUCUUCUCAAGAAGAUAUCCAAAUGGAUGAAAGAGGAUAGCCUUUUAUUUGUUCAUAUCAUGUGCCACAAAGCAUUUGCCUACCACUUUGAGGACAAAAAUGAAGAUGACUGGAUUACAAGAUACUUCUUUGCUGGAGCAACUAUGCCUUCUGCAAAUCUACUUCUUUAUUUCCAAGAUGAUGUUACAGUCAUCAACCAUUGGCUAGUAAAUGGGAAACACUCCGCACAGACCAGUGAAGAAUGGCUCAAAAGAAUGGACCAGAAAAUGACUUACAUCAAGCCAAUUAUGGAAUCAACGUAUGGCAAGGAUUCAGCUACCAAGUGGACUGCCUAUUGGAGAGCAUUCUUCAUAGUUGGAGCAGAAACUUUUGCAUAUAAUAACGGUGAAGAAUGGAUGAUUGCACACUUCCUUUUCAAAAAGAAAUAAAAUAAGACCAAACCUAAUCUUUUAAUUUGGCUAUUUAAGAAUGGCGUUAAAAGAAGCUGCUAAACGAGGUUGCACCCUUCAAUGAUGUUGCAUAAUUUUAUCAGUUAACUUGUUUUAAUUGGUUGCUUGUCUGUAUUUUUUCCUGUCUCAAUCCUUUGUCUUCGGCCCCUAAUGUUAUGGUGUAGCCAUUCCAGUCUUGUUUUAUCUUAAAUUUAGGGAAAGUCCAAUUCAACCCUCAGAACUUGGGUCGAAGGGUCAUGCAUGUGCUCCCUGGUUCAUAAACUUUAAAAUAUGCACUUAGACCCCUCUAUUAGAUUUUUUUUCUAUUACCUUGUAA